CUUGCACAACAACUCCUAACCUUUGUAAAAUGACACGUUACACGAGUAUGUUAUUAAUGAUUAAAGAAAAUUAAAUAAAUCGAAAGAUACGCGAGUAUACAAACGUAAAAAGAAACAAAUAAAAAAUUUUAGAAUCACGUAACUUAUAAUACUUAUUAUAAUGGUACUGUUGACACAGAUUUUAUAUCAGGUUAAAAAGUUACCCAGAAAAUAUCUUCGCACGAGAUUCAUCGAUUCGUUACGUCUUCUAGUCAGGGGAGGUACAGGAGGUGCCGGUUUACCUCGUUACGGUGGAAUCGGAGGUGCAGGAGGUAACGUGUACGUGGUUACGAAAGAUAAGUUGAACUUGCAGGACGUUAUCAAGAAGUUGAAGACCAAACGAAUCAAAGCAGAUGCGGGAGGUGAUAGUUCAGCCAAAGGAAUUAUAGGUGCACCUGGUGAAGACAAGAUUAUUUCAGUUCCAUGUGGCAUUACGAUAUACAAUCAGAAUGGAGUAAUAUUAGGAGAAUUAAAUAAGGAAAAGAUGAAAUUACUGGUAGCAAAAGGUGGAAAUGGUGGUUGUGAAGAGACAGGUUACUGUGGAUUAAAGGGAGAAUCUCAGACAAUAAAACUAGAUAUGAAACUAAUCGCUGAUGUCGGGCUGGUCGGUUUUCCCAAUGCUGGCAAGAGCACAUUUUUGGCAGCAGUUUCAAGAACUAAACCUAAAAUUGCCGAUUAUCCCUUUACUACUAUAAGGCCCAGAUUGGGGAUUAUGAAGUAUGAAGAUGAAAGGCAAAUCACUGUUGCAGAUUUACCAGGUCUGAUUGAGGGUGCACAUAUGAAUGUUGGAAUGGGUCAUAAAUUCUUGAAGCAUAUCGAAAGAACAAAACUACUUCUAUUCAUUAUAGACAUACAAGGUUUUCAAUUAUCUCCCAAAUAUACCCGCAGAUCCUGUUUAGAAACUUUAGUCUUAUUAAAUAAGGAGAUCGAACUUUACAAGCCAGACCUAUUAAAAAUGCCAACUAUAGUUAUAAUCAAUAAAAUGGAUACUGACAAUGCUGAUAAUAUCCUCAAAGAAAUUAAGCCGGCACUGCACGAUUUAUCCGACUAUGUGGCUACAUGUCCAGAGGAAAUACGGCCUGAGCAAAUUAUACAAAUCGACAAUAUUUUACCUGUGUCUUUAAUCUCAAAAGAUAAAAAACAGAUAGAAAAAAUUAAAGAGAGGAUACGAAGUACCCUAGAUAAAUAUCAAGAACGACAACAUAUAAUUCAGUAUGGUGAUUCCUUAGGUCUUCAGCUGAUAGAUAGGAUAAAGCAACAAACCAAACAACAUACACCGACUGUCAUAUAAAUUUGUAUAUAACAUACAA